AUGAAGAAAAAUGCAGAAGCCAAUGACAGACAAGGGAAAGUCGAAAAGAGAUGCAUCCUAGACAUGCUAAGAGAAAACGACUGCGAAACUCUGGAGGAACUUAAAAAUUUAAUAAUCUUCCUGAACAGCGAAAAUAAGAGGCUGCACUCAGUGAAUAUUGAAUCACUCAAAAAAAUAAACAUCCUUACCGUCAGGGUGAAGAAUUUAGAAAGCUUAGCAAAAAAUUAUGACGAGUUUUAUCAAAAUGGAAAGAGCUACAAGGACAAGUUAGAGCAGCUGAGCCGCAAAGUCAAUGCGCUCAUGGGUUACGCAAAGGACAAACAAAACGAGUGCUGCGAACUGAUCGGAGAGCAAGACAAGUACUUUAGAAACUUCUUCGCAAACCUGAAUAAAAUUAUCGAAUCGAUUGUUUCAUUCAACGCGGAUGGGGGCCGAGGAGAAGGAGGUGCCUUUCCCCGUGUUAGCAGCCCCCUUGAUGGGGAAACCUACCGCCAAAGAGGGAAGCCAAAAGGAUCCCCUUCGGCCUGCGAAUCCGACAAUGACGAAGACGACAAUAAUCUCGGUUACGCCAAUUCGGAAGAUGAAGACAACGAGAACGCACAAAAAAACGAAAACGAAAUACACAAAAAAGGGUUUAAUUAUUUAACCGCGACAAGGGAACGCACACUUACCAGGACCAACACACACGCUGAAACAUCCAGCCAUCCCGAUAUGUCUCCACUUGAUGAGUCACGGAUGAAAGGAGAACAGGACAGAUGCAACGAAAGAAUCGAAAAAAUAAAAAGCUUAUGCGAGUCAUUUAAAAAUAUAGACAAUGAGUCUUCCAAAUCUGGAAAUUUCGAUGGAAGUAGGAAGCCAAAUGGGAAUCUUCCCGUUUCGUCAAAGCAGAAAAAAAAAAAAAAAAAAAAAGCAUUAGAUAAUCAGCCUGAUGAGCCAUUUCAUUCAGGAUUUGAAAAUGAGCAUAUGCAGGAGUACCAACUGGCGAAUGAUGAGGACAUCAAACUGGUCCAUAGUGCAGAUUUAGGGGAUGGAAAAAUACGUGAAACAGUGACGUACAAAAAAAAAACUGGAAGCAACGUGGAUGCACAAAAGAGGCAGGACAACAUUGCGGAUUAUGAUAAGGACAUAAAGAAAAGGUUAAACAAUUUGGUAAACGACAUAAGUAGUAGUACCAAGGGAAACAAAAAAAACCAUGACGCUGCUGCAAAGAACCCUUCCAAUAAAGUUUCCAGUGCUCAAAGCAACAUUAUGGAUAUCUUAAAUAAUCGAAUGCAUAAGGCCUCGUUGGAGCACAUAGAAAGUAGUAGCACUACUCCCAAGUACGUCAAAUAUAACACUAUACAUCGCGAAAUUAUGAAUCCACGUCAACACUUCGUUAAUCAGAAUAAAAAUUCUGUUGAUCAUAUUAUUUGCCUCUAA